UUAUUGUUAAGCCUCGUAUUUCAUGUUUUUGCACCUCGUUAGCAAUAUAUUGAUGUGACUCAGCAUUCCACGGUGCCACAAGCGCUCCAAGCCUCCACCACAAAACUCUUACUAAUUAACCAUGACAGGAAUUAUAAAAACGUCAAAAAAAUCCAACUGCCUAAUGUUAUCAGCUGAGGUGGAGGCAGCCUUCCCCAUUUGUCCGCCAAUAUCUGCUUCAUUUCUCACUUAUUGUAAGCCUAACACGUCACUAAGUGGAGCCCCAUGACUAGGCUUUCAUAUCCGCUAGCUAGAUAUAUCCGCCAUUGCCUCAUUUAGUUACGAUGGAAGAAUAACAGGCAAAAUAGCGGCCGUUCUCUCCACUGUCAAGGGCCGCCAUGAUGCCUGGCUACCUCUGCCAACCUGCCUCAACCUGUGGGUUCCAAUAUUUUUUUUAUUUUUUUCUUAACUUCUUUAUUCUGCUGGUAUAGCAUGUUUUUUAUGGUUUAUAAAAAUAAUUAUUUGCUUUAGAAGUGUUUUCGUGGCUUGUGUUGAGUUGUGUUCAAUUUUGUGUUGCUUGACGAAAAUGCGGGGUGUUUUUUUAGCAGUAUUUUGACAAACUUGAUUUUUUAUUUCACGCUCUAACUACGUCUUUUGUAUUUCUAAAAAUUGCUUAUGAUUUUUAAAUUGUUUUUUCGUUCCUGUUGAGAGAAAUAAGUGGACUUUAAAAAUUGUUUAUGGUCCUGUUAAAAGUUGUGAUUGCAACACUUUUUGUGUUAUUGUCUCUCUAUUUCAGCUUGUAACUAACUUUUCAUUGCUUGAAAAAAUAGUUUGUAUGUUUUAAAGUGUUUUAUCUUAUUGUUGAGUCAAAAUAGGUGGACUUUUCAGUGUUUUUUAAUCGUAUUUAGUUUCCAACACUUGUUUUUUACACAAUUUCGGUUUUAUUUGUUUAUUGUUGUUCCAGGUAACUUUUGAUUGUGUAAGAUGAUAGUUCAGAUUUUUUUAAAUUUUUUACGUUCCUAAAAAUUCAAAUAUUGGGGACUUUUCAAUGAUUUAAAUGGUGCCGAAUAUUUCAACACUUUUUUCAUAUUUCAUUUGGAUAUUUUUUAAAUACUACUCAGGCUGGAGCUGUUUUAAUAUUGUGAAUGUAAGUUUAAGUAUUUGUCAAGUCAGAAUAUAUAAGGCAUUCCAGCCUAGCUCCAUUUUUUCGAGGAGUCAAUUUCAAAAUGAAAUCCGUUACGGUACGUAAAUUUGCCGUGACGUCACGGCCGCCAUCAUGGACCCUGGACCUUUAUCGGCUCUGCUGUCUCCUCGGUAAUAUUUAUCGUAUUUUGCAGUGUUUUCCUGGUGUUUCCACGUCUUUCUAAACUCAGACGUGUAGAUAAGAGUAGAAUGAGUAAGAAAAUAAGAGAAAUAGAGGAGGAAGAUGAAGGGAGAAGGAAUAGAGGAGGUGGUAAAACAGAAAAAUGGUAAGAAAACAAUAUUUAGGUUAAUUUUCCCUGCUGCCCUGUCUGUCUUUGUAGUAUUUGUCUUCCGUGACAGUGCUUUCAGUGUAUUUGGUGUGUUUAGGAGGUGUUGGAGUGUGUCUGGAGGCGUUUAGGGGGUGUUGAGUGUGUGUUCAUGGAAUCUGGUGAUGUUUGAGUCCAUAUUUAGCGUUCCUGGUGUGUUUUGGGGUGUCUUAGGCUUGUUUAGGAGUGCUUUAAGUGUGCUUUGGACUGUUUUCAAUGUUUUGGGAUGUUUCAAGUGUAUUUUGGGAUGUUAUGGAUGAGUUCGGGUGUGUUUUGUGUGGAUACGGGUGAGUUGUGGGUGCGUUUGUGGGUAUUUUUGGGUAUUUUAGGUCAGUGUGGGUGUGUUUUGGGGUGUUUUAAGUGUGUUUUGGGCCGUUUUCAGUGUUUUGGAAUGUUUUAAGUGUGUUUUGGGAUGUUAUGGAUGAGUUUGAAUGUGUUUUGGGUAGGUACGGUGUGUUUUGGAUGCGUUUUAAGCCAAUUUGGGUGAGUUUUGGAGUAUUUUAAGUGUGUUUGGGUAUAUUUUGGUGCCUUUUCGAUGUGUUUAGGAUGUUCUUUGUGCGUUUAGGAAUGUUCUAGGUAUGUUUAAGGUGUUUUAGUGUGAUUGGAGUUGCUUUUGAGGUGUUUUGGUUAUGUUAUAGGCAUGUUGCAGAUAAGAAAGGGGUCUUUGAGGGUAGAAGUGGUGUGCUUGAGGUAAAAUAAAAGAUUCUGGGGUGUUUUGGGGAGAGGCUGUGAUAAUAGAAGCGUGUCAGGGAUGUUAUAGCGUGUGUUGUGAUAUAUGAAAGGAGGGAAAGUGUGUGUGUGUGUGUGUGUGUGUGUUUGAAGGAAGAAAGGGGUGGUGUUUACGGGUCUGGGAUGGGAAAACGAGUGAUUUGUUUUGUAGCCUUCAGAAAAAAAAAAAAAAAUAUUAAGAAAAAAUAUUAAGUUUUUACAGUGGGAAAAUUUUGGUGGUGAGGGAGAAAAUAACUGAAAUAUUACCUCAAAUUGAACCUAACGUGGUGGAGCUUUACACUCCUCAGCUGCAUUUUACCAUAAUUUGAAGUUGGCUGAAGUGUGAUUCGGAAUGCUUUAGGUGUGUUUUGGAGUGUUUUAAAUGGAUUUUGGUGUGUUUGGGUGCGUUUUGGAUGUGUUACAGGGUGUUUAAGUUGCGUUUGGGAGUGUUUUGGCGUGUUUAAGUGCGUUUUCAAUGUGUUUUGGGGUGUUUUAGGUGUGUUUGGGUAUGUUUUGAGAUAUUUUAGAUGUUUUGUGUAUGUGUCUGGAGUGUUUUAGUCAUUUGAGUGUAUUUUAAAUAUGUUUUGGGAUAUUGGGUGUGUUUUGGUGGUUUUAGGGAUAGUUUGGAGAGUUUUAGAUAUAUUUGAGUGUGUUUUGAAUGUAUUGUUUGCGUUUUGGGGGAUGUGUUGGUGUAUAUUGAUGUGAUAGGGAUCGUAGGGAUAUUGGAGACAGGUAUUGGGGGUGUCAGGUUAUAGACGGAGUGCUUCAGGUAAGAUGAAAGAUUCUGGGUUUUGUGGAGGGCCUGCGAUGUUAGAAGCGCGUCAGGGUGUUGUAACGUACUUUGUGAUACUCUGAUGCUCUGGAGGGGGAUACUGAGGUAGAGGGGUACGAGCAGGAGGGUACUGGUUUACUAUUGAAAGUAGUGGAGGUGCGGGCAGAAGUGUUUCAAAAUACGGUUCUUAGUGAGAGGUAAUGAGGAAUUGUAAUGAUGAGAGAGAGGGAGGGUGGCCCUGUACGCGUGGCAGAUUUGACAGCAGACGGAUACAGGCCUCUCCAGUCGCUCUAAACCAGAACUCGGCCUCUCGCUCCGCUCUCACCUCUCCCACAGCACUGCCACUGAAGCACCCCAAAGCCUGCACGGUGCACUGCCCGCCUGUGUGUGCUGGACGCCAUGAGGAGCCCGGGGAGUCGUGAAAUAAGGAGAACAAUGCGGGAUGUUUUUCGUUCUUACUCUUCGCUGCGGGAUGAAAAGAGCAGCAACAAGACACCUUUCUGGGACGCUGUGGUGCUGACUACCUUCGAUGAGGCUCAGCGGGUGUGCUUCCUGGAGCAGGUGCAGCGCAAGAGAGCCAGUGGACAGUUGCCGGAGGUUCCAAUCUACGUUGUGGCCGACCCGCCAGGACAGAAGCUGGGUGUGGGCGGCUCCACCCUGCACGUCCUCUCGGAGCUCUCCACUGAGUUUGGCUCGGAGCUCUACAGUAAAAAACUCCUUAUUAUUCAUUCAGGGGGAAGCAGCCAGCGCCUCCCCUCCUACAGUGUCCUGGGGAAGAUAUUUGCUCCGGUUCCUGUAGAGGGUUUGCGUGUGGGAAAUGCAGUGCCGCAGAUGCUGGACCUCAAGCUGGCACUCUACCUGCCCCUGUGCUCCCUGCUCGGCCCCGGCACUCUGGUAACCUGUGCUGACGACAUAGAGACCUACUGCCUGGACCGGGCCUCUCUGGACACGGAGAGCCUGGGAGGUGCUGAUGUGGUGGCGCUGGGGCAUCCCUCCACCCUGGAAGUGGGCACAGGGCACGGGGUGUAUGUACUGCAGGGUGGGGGGGCAGAGGUGGCACUCUCUGGCACCAGCAGCGUGCAGGAGUGCCUGGAGGUGCUGCAGAAGCCUUCCAUCAGUGCCAUGCGGGCCAGCGGUGCCGUGUUCUGCAGAGGAGGCAGUGAGCAGCACCAGGACCAGCAGGAGGAACAGGAGGGGCAGGAGGAGGUGUGGAGUGACAGUGUGUUCUGGCUCAGCAGUGGUGUGUGCCGGCGCCUGCUCAAGUGGUACAAGGACAACCAACCCUUGCCGGCAGAGUUAGAUGCAUACGCCCACCUCCUUCCCUGCCUGGGCACGCGCAUGGCGGCGGCCAGGGCGGAGGACUUCUCUGACUUCCGCUCCCAGAUGCUUCCCUUGGUCCGCGGCGCCUCCUUCAAGGUCAUUACUCUCCCUCAGUCCAAGUUCUAUCACCUGGGGACGAUGCAGGAGUACGUGGGGAACUUCAACACUGCCCAGGAUUUCAUCAGUGAGCUGGGGAUUGACAGGAACACCAGCAACAUGCGAGGGAGUGCCAGCGUGGAGUGCCUGGUAAAGGAGGGGCAUGGCGAGGAGAAGGAGGUGGGAGAGGACACUGUUAAGCACGCCAGGAUGCAAGGAACUAUCAUAGAGUCCUACUUUUCAUCCCCUGACGUGCGGAUUGAGGUACAAAACACAGGGACUCGUUACGUCAUAGAGCACUGCAGGAUUGGUGUCACCUUGAGGCUGUCCGGUGAUACCAUCCUCAGUAACUGCACCAUUGUUCCCUGCCCUGCCAUGCCACACACCCCAGGCACUGCAGUCCACCUCCCAGCUGGCACCCUCUUCCACACAGUACCAGUCACAUACCAGGCCCAGAGUCUCUAUAUCACUGUGGCCUUUGACCUGGACGCCCGCAUGAAGGCAGAGUCUAGUGACCUGAGGGAUGUGAGGGCAUUUGGAAGGACCCUGAAGGAUGUCAUUCACACCCUUGGACUUGAGGAGGUAAAGGAUAUGGGAAAAAUAUCAAAAAUAUCCUUAUGGAAUGUAAAUAUUUUCCCUGCAGCCAAAACCGCGUCUGAGAGCUUCUGGCUGACACAUGCUGCUGUUUGUAAGGUGAUGGGAGUGAGUGAAGGGCCAGAUGGGGUAGAUGGUGCACUGAAGGGGCAUGAGGAAGGGGGAGAUGGGCAUGGAAAUGGUGUAGGAUGUGAUGGUGAAAGGAAAUGGUUCAGUAUGAAGGAUGUAGUGGAGAUGAAGGAUUUAAACACACUAUUAGAGGACAGGACAAGGUUAGUGAUGAGUAUUCGUGAUGGUGUGGGUGUUACUAGGUCCUGAAGGCUGUGGUGAGGUGGUGAAGUGUGGUGUGGUUGCCUUAAGAGGGUGUGUGGUGGUGUGUGGUGUGGUGAGGUGCACUGGUGUUGAGGGAGUGUGAAGCUUGUGGUUGUUUUUAAAGGAUGUGGUAAAGGUGCUCUCUCUCUCUCUCUCUCUCUCUCUCUCUCUCUCUCUCUCUCUCUCUCUCUCUCUCUCUCUCUCUCUCUCUCUCUCUCUCUCUCUCUCUCUCUCUCUCUCUCUCUCUCUCUCUCUCUCUCUGUGUGUGUGUGUGUGUGUGUUUUUAGUAUCAAAGAGUGAAGGUUGUGGUGUUUCUAGCAUCAUGUCAUUUAAAAAAAUUAUUAUUAUUUAUUAUUAUUAUUAUUAUUAUUAUUAUUAUUAUUAUUAUUAUUAUUAUUAAUAUUAUUAUUAUUAUUAUUAUUAUUAUUAUUGUU